UUUGAAUUUCAGUUCCAAUUUCUCUCUUCGUGCCUAAUCGCUCUGCAUUUCAUAGGUACCUUCUGUCAUCUUCCCUCCUCAUUUGAUGGUUUAAAUGUGUGCUCCAUUCUUCAGCCACCACCGCACCCGAUCCGUGGUCAUUGCCGGUGCCAUUGGUGGAAUUGCCACCGCCGCGGCGGUUGGAGGGAAGCAGGCAUUGAAGAAAUACAUAUCAAUCUAGCGAAUGAUUAGGUGCAAAGAUCUGGUACGAGCGUUAUCUCCGACGAUGGAUGGGAAUAAGGACGAUGCUUUGAAAUGUUUGAGAAUCGGUAACUAGGCAUUAGAAAACGGCGAUCGUUCACUCGCGUUGAAGUUAGUGACGAAGGUGCUACCCGUCGACGAUCUACUGUCCACGAUAGAGGCGGAAACAAGGGACCAGUCCCCUGCCAAGAAAGUAAGAGGAAGAAAAACUUUCCAAUUAGAGAAAGUGAGAGGAAGAAAAACUUUUAUGAGAUGUUCCGGUAUAGGGCCGAGAUCCAAACCACCUACACAAUUUCCUCUAUUCAACCUCCUGUCCAAGUUCUCUUGCGUGCUCCUGUGCUCCAGACGCCCGGAGGGUACCUACUAAAGGCACUCCGAUGCUUAAGUCAGUUUAGUUAUCCGAUCGGGUAUCUUAGCUCAGAGUUAAAUGUGCAAUAAAUGAACCUAUCUACCUGUGNCCUUUGACUCGUAUUUAUAGUGGUGGACAUGGGCUUGGUAUUAAGGUUACCUUAAUUAAGGCCCAAUUGUGGCCCAACCAUCUAAAACACGAGAUUACGCUAAUCAUUCUACACUUACCUUAAUCCUGAUGAUCGUGACCGUCCGGGCAUUGUGCCGACCGCACGCCUCCCCUUGGGUCUUAUUCUACAGGUGGAUCUUGCGUCCGCCCGUCCGGUUAUGGCGUCACCGGGCAGCGGUCCUUAGCUGUCAGUAAUGGCGGAAAGUGGAAUGAUACAAAAGCUGUGGUGUUAGCUGUUGGGUCUGUUCGGGUCAUCCAUUUUCUACGGCCGGCUUUGCCUACGCCGGAUAGCAAUGGUCGUCCGGCCUUUUCCCUGACCGUUCUCACGCUUGGGCUCUUGACGUACCGUCCGUCCGGUAGUGACCACGACCGGGCGGUGGUCCCUAGUACAUGAGAUAUUGGGAUUAGAGAAAAAUUUCAAUCCCUUCUAGACAGAAGACUUUAGAAAUUCACAAUCUUUUACAGGUAGAACUACAUGUCACAGGAAGGAGAAAUAACGGCUCCUAUUGCAACGCAAGGCGCUGUAACAGUUUCUACAACUGGCCCGAAGCCCUGUUUAAGGUCUCCACUAAGUGUAAUAGCUGACCAGCUACAGAGGUGCGACUACAUUGGCUCUAUCCGAACGAGGGAUUCAACCAACCCUCUUUACGUUGAGCUUGAAAGACAACAUCUUCAGCGCCCUAGUGGAGCUGUACUCAAGCCCUCCGAGACCGAAGACUUUAGAAAUUCACUUAAGAAUUCACAACCUUUUACAGGUAGAACUAUAAUCUUUGACAACAUGUCAGAAGGAGAAAUAACGGCUCCUACUGCAACACAAGGCGCUGUGACAGUUUCUACAACUGACCCGACGCCCUGUUCAAGGUCUUCACUAAGUGUAAUAGCUGACCAGCUACAGAGGAUCGGCCACAUUGGCUCUUACCGAAUGAGGGGUUCAACCAACCCCGUUUGCAUUGACCUUGAAAGACAGAACAUCUUCAGCGUCCCGGAGCUUGAUGAGAUACCUCUUGGUCUUGACUCAAACACAUCCAAGAAGAGAAAGAGUUAUAUAUGAAAGAUGAAGGAAAACUCUUUAUCUUAAGUCAUUAUGGAAUACCUCUAAUAAAUUAGGAAUAUUUAGAUUUUGUAUUAAAGGUGGAGUAGUAUAGAAUUUCUUUUUAGACUUUGUAUCAAGAGAUGUGUAGAGUUUUUGAAUAAUCUUGUUUAAGUUGUAGAACAAUAUUCAUGUUUAACUUAAGCUAAUCUUGGAUGAUUACUUUUGUAACUUUAACUUGGUGUACGUUAGUUCAUAUGAGACAUGAUAGUCAUAUGACAAACACUUAGUGAAAGUUUUCUAUAAAGAUAAUUGUUAUAUGUCA